AUGCCAUACUACAGAGCGUGGAUUUACUGCAUAAAUAUCUUCAUUAUAAUAGCUGAAGUUAGCCUCGUGAUCCUAACAACUCAGACAAUCACACAUCCUUUAUGGACAUUCGUACCAGUUUUCUCCACAGACCCUAAUGUUAUUAUUUAUCUUACCUUGAUGAUUCUACAGACUUUUACCUGUAUAUGUGGACUUUCGGGUAUUUUCUAUAACAAGCUAGUUUUACUAAGGGUUUAUUGGAUUCUGACAAUCCCUUUAGUGGUGCUAGAUUUGGGUAUGAUAUUUCCUUUUGUGGAGCAAAUAUCUUCGGUUAACAAGAACUUCAACCAACACCUACAGACUUCCAUAGCAGAACAGAUGGCUAAUAAUUCCGCAUGUCCAAUAUGGCAGUUUGUUCAAGACUCUUUGACUUGUUGCUCAGCAGAAGUUUUACAAACGUUCUGCUCAGGUCAAUUUGGUGUCUGCCGAGACGAGUCUCAAUGCCAAAUGGAGUUGAUAAAAUGGAUGCACGGCAGGCUGGAUGCUAUCUCUAUAGUAAUCUACUACAUUCUUCUGCCUCUUAAAUUUAUUGUCAUCAUUGUCCUACGUGAGGAUAUUCAACGACUUUUCUCGCGCAACGAAUUUUCUAAAUACGACUGGGACACAGAAGAUGAGGAAGAAUAUUAUGACAAAGAUUAUUCUCCUUACAUCAAACGAGCAGUUGUUGAGCAAGUAGCUUUAGCCGACCCUCUACACUUGACUUUCUAG